CGAGGUGGAGCCAGAUACCCCGAUUUUACCGGACCUGACUGCUGGCGAAGCAGACGGAGGAGAGAGAACUGGGACCAGCAAGCGUUGUGCGGCUCUGGGACGCGGUAGUUCGGGGAGUAAGGGAAUCUGGAGUGUUUUCAGCUUAUAGAUCGCAGAAACCGACAGUGAACGGCAGACCCACACGAAAACAUGAAUUAUUUGAUAUUUCUGUCGGUUUUGGCCACGGUUGUUACCGGGAAGUCACCUCGGCUGAAAUUUAUUGUGCACGGCGCACAGUGAGGAAUCAGGACCAGAGGCCAUAAAAACAACAUCUUCUGCCAAAGGGGGUUCAUGGCGCCUCCUUGCUCCAGAAAGGCUGUGUCUUUUUAAGAGUGGCCGGUCAUCGCUGGAAAGCGUCAUUAUUGUGAUAUACGAUUAUUUGGAGGUUGACAUUUUCAUUGUAGCUGCCGUGUCCUUGCGGAGCUGCAAUGCGGGAUGCGGCAGCUGCUUCACACUGCAGCAGAAGAAUCCGGCUGAGUAAAAGAGAAUGCUUCUAACGAAAAAACACAUGCAUAGCUUAAUACAGGUUCAGAAAGGGAACUUGAACGGACAAGAGAGCAAUGAAUGGGAAAUUUCGAGCACAGUCCCUGUUAUCCAUUCCACUCACGCACUUUUACGCCGCACACAGACCUCUAAUAUAUUCAACAAUCAAUAGCGAUGUGGCUGUGUGUCAAGUUAUCUGGAUCUGUAUCGCUCUCUUCCCUCUGGAUGGGGCAGCACACAAAAACGCAUCACAAGAUGACGUCCCUGGACGUGCGUGUCAUUUCAAUCAAACUCGCUGUUACGCAUUUCCAGUCGCAGGGACUAAUUGUGAAGUACAGGUAGAGAAUGUCAGAGAAAAUCCACGAAAGCCUCAGUCUCCCCCAAGGCACGUUGUAAUGUUCUCAUUUUUCACCCUUCAGCCAAAUGAGGAUAUUAAGGAGGUCCUCUAAUCUUUCAGACAUUGUGUGAAGGCUGGUUUGGGAACUUGUGAACUAAAAGGCACAUUACACUGGAUUCAUUCAGGUCUAUUUCAAGCCCUCCAGGUUCCACUUCGACAGACCUGAGAACUACAUCAGCAUGUUCCAUCAGGAAGGAAGUGACACGCUUUACGUCGGCGGCCGAGCAAUGAUCUACAUUUUGACAUUUACUGACAGAGGGGUCCGUGACAUGCAGAUCCCAGCGGCAUCAGAUCAGACUGCAAUUGAUACCUGCAAGGCAAAGGCUUCCCCGGAGGAGAUGGAGUGCGACAAUUUCAUCACCGUCCUUCAGAAAGUUAAUGACACAUUCAUAGUAUGUGGUACAAAUGCUGGAAGCCCCAGAUGCUGGAUGCUGGUAAAUGACACAGUGCUGACAGACGUCCAGGGCGGUGGGCAGAUAGCAUCAGCCUCUGAAAUCUCACCUCCCUACCCUUCGCAGAAGUCAAUCAACUUGCCUGCAGAUGGGAGUCUGUACUCUGCUAUGUCGUCAGUGGGAGGUCAUGCUGGCUCAAUCCGGCGUACAUUUGGCUCCCAGAGACUCCUGAAGACGGAGAACGUUUGGCUCCUGAGUCCUCAGUUUGCUGGAGCAUCCAUAAUCCCCUCCUCGGAAAAGGUCAAGGAGGAGAUUUAUUUCUUCUUCACCGAGUUCAACAAGACAGCCCGAGUGGAUGAGGAGCCAUACAGAGCCCGCAUAGGCCGAAUCUGUACGGUUGAUGAAGGGGGCAUCAAAGCUCUGCUACCAGAAUCUUGGACCACCUUUAUGAAGGCCCGGGUGAUGUGCGGUGCAGGAAACACUCAGCAGCAGUACAACAACAUGAAACAGGCAGUGGUCCUGACAGCUCAGGACAAGAGGGCCGGGGUCAUGUACGGCCUCUUUUCUAAUGCAUGGGGAAGAACAGUGGUAUGUGCUUAUUCCAUCGAAGAUAUUGAUCGAGCCUUCUCCACUUCUAAGCUGAAAGGCUACAGCAGCUCAUUCAGUGGCAAUCGCCCAGGGAUGUGUGUACGUAAAAGUCCCUCAACAGCAGACACUCAGAACAACAUCAAAAACCUUGGCGUGAUCAGAUACCACCCAGAAAUUGAGGAUGUAAUUCGUCCGGUUGGUGUGAAUCCACUCGACCUCCCCACAGAUGAUCAAAUCACUCACGCGGUCGCAGAUAUUGUCCUGGCAGUCAAUGAUGAGCAUUACACUGUCCUGUACCUCGGAACAGAUCAGGGCAAAGUUCUCAAGGUCCUCCACACCAUCCAGGACGUCUUCAUCAUAUCUCAGUAUUCUUUGUUCCACAAUGAAGGACCUGUUCUAAAUAUGGCCAUCAACUCACAAAAGGGUCACUUGUAUGUUGGUACAGCCAUGGAGGUUCAGCGACUGCCACUGGCCGAUUGCAGCCGCUAUGGCAACACAUGCAGAGAGUGCAUCCUUUCCAGGGAUCCCUACUGUGGCUGGGACAAGGCUAGAAGAAGGUGCAUCGCCAUCCCGCCUGGAUACAACGUAACGUCUGGAACUCUCAUUCAGAAUCUCGACAGUUCCAACUCUUCCGUUUGUGAGGAAGCUGCUGCCCUUAAACUGCGUCGAACGUCUCCCAGAGAGAUUGUGGUGAAAGGAAAAAACACCACCGUGUUUCUGCCCUGCCCUGUGCACUCCUUUCACGCCACCUACCGCUGGGAGAAGGACAACUGCAUCAAGAACUACCCAUGCCUUUUCUCCGGAGACUUCUGCGUCUUGGGUCCAGUUGUUGACACUCCAUUGAGGGAAGGCGUCUUCCGCUGCAUGGCCACUGAGGAUGGAUUCAAGGUGGAAGUUGUUUCCUUCAGGCUAGUGAAUGAUGGCAGGCUUAUAUCUGCUUCCAUUGCCUCCACAUUGGGCCUUUCAGCCCUGCUUGCUGUGGUGACCUUAUGGCUUCAUUAACUAUAGCUAACACUGAUGCUAUCUUCUCUUUUGUAGUGGCUCCCACUGACAGGAGGGGCCAUUGUGGAAGUCAGGUUCACAUUGCACUGGCGUUUAUGGUUGGGUGAUGCACUGGCGACUAACCUUUUUUUAUUUAGUUUUUUUACAAGAAAAUAUCACUACAUAAAGGUUUAAACUAUGCUAUAUUUUAGUCAAAAACAACAUAUUUACAGCUGUAACUGAUAACAUUAGAUACAAAUGGUAAAUUGCUGAACAUAACAUUUGAAGUUAGCUGAGUUAGCAGUUUGAUUCAAUCAUGAUGUGGUGCUUUGGGAACCUUUCUUCUCUGACUAAAAAAGAUGAACAUAUCCAGUGAGUUGGGCAAAAAACACCAAUACCAGGCCAAUUCUUUUAAACUUUUAUCAACAUAUUUUGAAAUUACCUUGAUUGUGCUUAUCUGUGGAAAUGUAAACCUUUAAUAAUGCUCUUGCAUCUCUUCAUUCAUCUUGUUAAACAUUAAUGUCAUGACUCAUUGGAACCUAAAAAAGUGUCCGGUAUUGAGAUUUAAAAAGCCUUAACACAUUUGGGACAAUGACUCCUAAGCACAAUUUUGCAGUCGAGGCAGAAAACUGCAGACUCAGCUGGACUUGGGGGAACUGAUCAGUUCAGCUGAGUCUUAAAAUGUAGUGUGGAGGAAGUGACAACUUUUAGAUAGGAAGUAGGCAGAGGGGCCUCGGACAUCACUGUGUCUCAGCACUUCCUCCUCAGACUGGGCAGUUUCUAGCAUUUUUACAGCAGAUGGUUUCAGACAACCUAACUUCUUGCCUUGUUCACAGCUUCGUCCAUUGUUCUUUUUUCCUUUUCAUGCCACCAUCUCUUAUUUUUCCUCAGAAUCUGUGACCUUCAAUUAAAUAUUAUUCUUAUUGGGUCUAGAGAUGAUGAUGUAUGUAAGUACAUGAUGGCAUGUCAUUACUACAAAUCAUUAAAGUAUGUCAAUUUGUUGGAUUUAGAACAGACUGUUCCAGGUCAAAGAAGAGCUAAUGUUUCACAUGAAAUUUUCUUUCUUUAUACCAGACCAAUGGCGGUCUUAGAGAUGGGUAAAACUGUUUCCUGCACAUGGUGCCCGUUUUCCAUGGGGAAGGCCAUCCUGUUUGCAUCCAGAUUGAGUUUUCUAUUACUUAUCUGCAUGUCUAUGGGGAUUGUGUGAUGUCCUGUGUUGUGCACAGUUUAAGCACUGUAAGUAAAUAUGGCCAUGCAUCUCAGCUAGUUGAUUACGCUAAUGUUCGGCACCAACCUAAAGGGCUAUAUCACUGUUUUCUAAAAAUCUGAAAUCAUUUGUCAUCUUCUGUUAAAAUACUAAAUACACUGACUGGUCAAAACUGAUUUGGAUUAUUCUACACUGACCAACAAUUCUUAAAACACAAAUUGAGGUUUAUGAAACCUGUUUUCUAAUUUUGCUAACAAAAAGGAGCAUUUUUAUUGCUGUUUUGGCAUCAGAACAACAUCAGAUUAAGACAAGCCUGAAAAUUGCAAUAUUUAAAUAAACCUGGUCAGAGUUAUUCUAAUUUAAGUCCUGAAAACACACAUUUAAUUGGUAAAACUUAUGUUCUCAACCAAAAAAAUAUGCCAGAAAGCAGGGGAUAUGUAGGGUUAUCAAAAAUAUGGUUGAAGUCUGUUCUUUUCUCAUGCAACAUUUAUGCAAAAACCUCCACUGUACCAGACAAUGCCUAAAGUUGUGAACAAGACGUUAUGC